AUGUAAAUUAAUCAAGUUCAAUUUCCUAACUAAAAGUACAAAACAUAGCUCUGCAGACAUUUCAGUAAAUCAUAGUUUAAAUGUUAGUAACAAAUGGAAAUUGUGCAUUAGGAGCAAGAUGUUAAUUUGCUCAUGGAAGAUAAGAACUUAGAGCAAAUGCUAAUGGAUUUCAAUCUAAUUCUGAUUUCAUGAUGCCAUAACAUUAAUAAGGAACUCUUCCUGUUAAGAUCUAGCCAAUUAAUCCAAUGAUUACAAAUUAUAAGAGUAUUAUUAAGAUUAAUCAUUUUAUAGCAUAAUUAUGUAAGCAUUUCAAUCCAUAAACAGGAAUAUGUAAAAAUGGAGUUACAUGUACAUUUGCUCAUGGUGAAUAAGAACUUAAUUAAAUUAAUCCUUAUUUCUAGAAUCAAUAUAUGUAGCAGUACUAUAAAUUUUUAUUACAGGGUUGUGUAACAGUAGAUGAAAUAGUAAAACUAAACUUAAAUAUAAGCUGAACUCACUUAAUAAAUUGUAAUUAUGAUUCUUAUCAACAUGGAACACAUUUUUCCAGAUUAAUAAGUAAAUAGUCUACAUUAAUUUUAGGAUAUAAUAAACCUAUUAAGACAAGGCUAAGAAAAAGCAUAAUCAGGUGAUAAUUAAGGAGCAAGUGAAAUUAUUAAAUUAAUCAUUCAUGAUGAACAGAGAACUAAGGAGGAGAAAUAAUAUCAAUAAAUUUACAACAAUGCUUAAAGAUAUUAUGAUUCUAAAUUAAAAGAGUACUUUAACCAAUGA